GUCAGCGUUCACUGCUCUAGCCGUUGUUUAGGUUGUGAUCCAGAAAAUUGUUUCGGGGAAGUAAAGUGAAACGAUGCCUUCUGAAAAGCGGAAUAUGGCAGCAGUCGGUGAAAGAGUCGUGAUUUCGGGUAUUUCCGGGAGGUUUCCGAAGUCGGAUAAUGUGGCUGAAUUUGCUAAGAAUUUGUACGCCAAAAGGGAUUUGGUGGAUGAUUUGGAGACCCGUUGGAAGCAUGUGAUGCCGGAUAUGCCGCGAAGAACGGGGAAGAUCAGUAAGUUGAACAAGUUCGAUGGUGAAUUUUUCGGUUUCGAUCGGCGACGACGCGAUACGAUGGAUCCGCAGCAGCGGAUGUUGAUUGAGCAUGCGUACGAAGCCGUCUUGGACUCCGGAAUCAAUCCGGAGAGUAUUCGUGGUUCAAGAACGGGCGUAUACUGUGGGAUUUGUUUUUCGGAGACCGAGGUGCGAAUGUACUAUAGAUCUCGUCCGCCUAAGGGUUUGGGGAUUUUGGGAUGUGCAAAGUCUCAGUGUGCCAAUGGAGUGUCGUACGCACUGGAUUUGAGAGGUCCAACGCAUGUGAUUGAUACGGCCUGUAGUAGCUCGAUGUACGCGUUGGAUGUUGCGUACAAGAGUAUCAUGAACGGAGAGUGUGAUGCUGCGAUUGUGAUGGGGACGAAUUUGACGCUGCAUCCUUUUAUUACAUAUCAAUUUGCGUUGUUGGGUGUUUUGUCGAAGGACGGUUUUUGCAAACCCUUCGACAAAGAUGCUUCUGGCUACUCUCGAGCUGAAGCUGUCUGUGCCGUGUAUUUGCAGAAAGCGAAGGAUGCAAAACGAGUGUACGCACAAGUAGUUCAUAGCAAAACCAAUUGUGAUGGGUUUAAAGCUGAAGGAAUUACGUAUCCAUCAGGUGUUGUGCAACAGCGAUUGCUGCAGGAGUUUUACGAUGAAGUUGGCAUCAGUCCAACUGCUGUGGACUACGUUGAAGCGCAUAGUACCGGAACGUUUGUAGGUGAUCCGGAAGAAUGUGAUGCCUUGGACAAAAUAUAUUGCACAGGUCGAAAACGUGCUCUACCAGUGGGUUCUGUGAAGUCCAGUAUUGGUCAUACCGAGGCUUCAGCAGGAGUGUGCUCGAUCGCGAAAUGUGUGAUUGCUAUGGAGAACAAUAUGAUUCCACCUAACAUCAAUUUCACCGAGAGUCGACCUACGAUUCCUUCGCUUGUCGAAGGCCGUUUGGUAGUUGUCCACGAAGCGAUACCCCUGGCUGGACCGUUGGUAGGAAUUAAUUCUUUCGGUUUCGGAGGGGCAAAUUCACAUGCUUUACUAUGCCGCAACAUGUUGGAGAAGAAGAAUCAUGGUUUACCCGAAGAUGAUCUUCCCAGGUUGGUUAUUUGGUCGGGAAGAACAAAGGAAGCUGUUGAAGUGAUUCUCAAUGAUGUUUCUCAACGACCACUUGAUGCAGAGUUCAUCGCUUUGCUUUAUAACGUUCAACAAGAGCACACUCCUGGACAUCGUUAUCGUGGAUUCGGUAUAUACUCCAAAAAUGAUUCUCAACCAGCAAUUCUUCACAAUAAGGCCAUUGAUCGAAUUCUCUUGGAACCUCUUCCAUUGUUAGUAAUUUUUGGUGGUGUUAACGUAUUUUGGCGUCAAGAACUAACCGCGCUACGACAGUUCCCUAAGAUAGAGAAGGUAUUCCAGGAGUGUGACAGCCAUCUACGCAGCUACAAGUUUGAUCUACACAAACAACCUACCGUGAAGGAGCAAGUUCUCUACGAUAUGGUUGGAACUACGGUGCUUCAGUUAGCAACAGUAGAAAUUCUGCGAUCAAUUGGAGUUGAGUUUGAUCUGUACGGUGGAUAUUCAGUUGGACAAUUCACCUGUGCCUACAUCGAUGGCUGUUUGUCCCUGGAGCAAGUUGUGAAACUAGCAUUCUGGCAUGGUUUGGUGUAUGCAGAGCUGGACACAAUUUACGAAAUGUCGGCCUUGGUUAAAGUUAGUUCCAAGCUUGAUCGAACCUUGCUACCCCCGAUGCCGAUGAAUGAGAAGUUAACUUUUGGCAUCAUAAGUGGUCACGAGAAGUUCAUCAACCUACAAAUACAGCAGCUUCGUUCUUCUCAAUCAAUCGUGGAAAAGUUACCGUUUGUCAGCUUGAGAUGUGAGUCGGCUAAAAGCGCAUCCCUGGUCAACAGACUCCGACAAACGGUCAACACUGUGUUUUCGCGUAAUUUGAAUCCUUCCAGCAAAUGGAUCAACUCAAAGUUUGGAUCAAAUCCCUCGGUCCUGCACACCCCAACCAUUCACAUGCCCCAAUCGAUAGCAAACCUGUUGGAUGAAAUUCCAAAGCACGUGGUUGUGCUGAUGGGCAACGGAAGCGACUCUUUGGAGAAUGUUCUUAACGUCCUGAACCGAAAACCUUUGAACAUUCCUGGAGGCAGUCGAUCCUCUGACCCGGUACAGAAUUUCCUCACGCAGGUUGGACACUUACACAUGGUGUCCAAAACGAAGAGCAUCGCGCGGCUUUACCCAGAAGUAAAGUUUCCAGUAUCACGAGGAACUCCAAUGAUCGCACCGCUCCAUCGAUGGGAUCAUCGGGAGACGGCGCACGUGGUUCAAUACAAUUGGGACGAGACCUCCAAAUCUUCAAUUGCUUCGUACAAAAUAUCCCUGGGCAUUCGUGAUUUUGCGUACAUCGAUGGCCACUGUAUCGAUGGGCGAGUGCUAUUCCCAGCUACCGGGUACCUGUUGCUCGUCUGGGAUCUUUUGGCCUACAUGGCUCACCGAGAGUUGAAUGGUUUACCAGUGGAAUUUACAGAUGUGCAGUUUCUGAGGGCAACUACGAUCACUAAACAGCAAACGGUGAAUCUGUGCGUACUGAUGCAGAUUGUUUCCGGAUUUUUCGAGGUACUCGAAGGCGAUACGGUUGUGGUCACGGGUUACGCUAAACCGCUGGUAGAAACUACAAACGUACCGGUCAUCGAGGAAAACGAGCGACCUUCAGUGGUUCUUCCUACGAAGGAUUUCUACAAGGAACUUCGACUACGAGGCUAUCACUAUGGAGGCUUGUUCCGAUCCGUACUAGAGGCCCGAUCUGAUUCAUCAUCCGCCAAGAUUCAGUGGAAAGGUCAUUGGGUUCCGUUCCUGGACUGUUUGCUGCAGCUGGGAAUCAUUGGAAUCGAUACGCGUGCACUGAUGGUCCCGACAGCAAUCGACAAAAUUUCUAUCGACCCGAAGCUUCAUUUUGCGGUUAUGGAAUCCAUGGAAGAUGGUUGUGAAUAUUUCACGGCGCGCUGUAACACACACCUUAACGUGACCGUUUGUGGAGGAGUGGUUAUAUCGAAUCCACAGGUGAACACCAUAGCACGUCGAAGUCCUCCUGGUGUUCCAGUAUUGGAGGGAUAUCAAUUCGUUCCCUAUCACUCGGAGGCGGUCGUUUCGGAGAAGGAAGCCAUUCGGAUGUGUGUACAGCUGGCUUUGGAGAACGUGAUGUCUUUGAACAUAACCGUCGCCGAGAUCCACAACCCGAGCCUGUCAGUAAUUCUGCCGGCAUUCAGAGAAGCGGUUGCCGAUCUACCACUUGUUCGCACUAAGCUUACCCUACUUUCUUCCCAACAAAUUGAGCUGGAUAGCAUAACCGUUGAAGCGAAACACUUCUCGGAGACGACCGAAUUACUUUUCCUGGUUACCGAUAACGUUUUAACAGAUGAAGACUUGAAACAAUCUAUUCCAAAGUGUCUUCUGCCCAAUGGAUACAUCCUGAUGCGGAAAGCUCCCGGCUUCGAUUGGCGAUCAGUCAAGGUUCCAGAUCAGUUUGUCCACGUUGCCACGUUCCACGUCGAUACGAACGAAUGCUUGAUACUGCUGCAGCGUAUAAGCAAAACUUUGAGCGAUACACCCACCGUUAUAAAGGUUGAUUCAAACAACCUCAGCUGGUUACCGGAGUUGAAGCAGGCGGUGAAACUGCGACCGGUAGUUUUGUACUCACAGAACGACCAGAAGUCGGGGGUGAUCGGACUGGUCAACUGCAUUCGGAAGGAACCGAAGCUGCAAGGAGUUCGCUGCGUAUUUCUCGAUGAUCCAACCUUGCCUGCGUUUGACUUAUCGAAGCCUUUCUAUGCGAAACAGUUGGGUUUAGGGUUGGCAAUAAACGUAUUUCGAGAUGGACACUGGGGAAGCUACCGGCAUGCAUUGCUUCCUCCUGCUAUGCGCACAAAAUCGGUCAAACAUCACUGCUACGCCAAUUGUUUCAACAAAGGAGAUCUUUCAUCGAUGAUGUGGUUCGAUGGGAAGUGGAAUGAACCCGGUGGCGAUUCAAACAUCUGUACUGUUUCGGUUUGCUCUUUAAACUUCAGAGAUGUAAUGAUCGCAACCGGUAGAAUAUCUUCGGAUGCUAUGAACAUGGAUCGUUUGAACUUGGAGUGUGAGCUAGGUUUUGAGUUCGCUGGCAUAGCUGAAGAUGGGCGACGUAUCAUGGGAAUUGUUGAUACGGGAGCGUUGGCAACAAAGGUGAAGUAUGAUCCAGAGCUGAUAUGGCAGGUGCCAGAUAGCUGGACCCUUGAGGAAGCAUGUACUGCACCAAUUGUUUACGGGACCGUUUUGAUGGCAUUCGAUAUGUGCAGUAACAUUCGAAAGGGGAAAUCUAUUCUCAUCCAUGCUGGUUCGGGCGGUGUUGGAUUGGCAGCUAUCAACUUGGCCAUGUAUCACGGCUUGGAAGUAUUCACCACUGUUAGCACAGCAGAAAAGAAAAACUAUCUGCUAAAUCUGUUCCCAGAUCUAGAUCCGGAGAAAAUUGGGUGCUCGAGAGACACUUCCUUUGAGCAGAUGGUUAAGAUUCAAACCAAAGGUAGAGGCGUUGAUUACGUGCUGAACUCUCUAUCUGAGGAGAAGCUUCUCGCUUCCGUGCGGUGCUUGGGAUAUGGAGGCCAUUUUCUGGAAAUAGGAAAGUAUGACAUGGCUAAGAAUACGAAGCUUAGCAUGUUGCUGUUCCAAAAGGGUAUAACAUUCACUAGUGUCAUGCUGGAUUUGAUGUUUAAGCAAGGUUCUUUACGUAGGACGGAUCUACACGCCAAACUGACAAAAGCGUUGGCAGCUGGCAUCAUUAAACCGUUGCGAACUACCGUAUUCGAUGCAUGUGAUUUGGAGAAGGCGUUCCGAUUCCUUGCCAGUGGCAAACACAUGGGUAAAGUUUUGCUCAAGGUUCGGAAGAACGAAACGGACCUAGAGACGAUACCGAUACCUUACUUCCCGAGAGUCCAUUGCCACUCGGAGGCGGUUAGCAUCAUCGUUGGAGGCCUCGGUGGUUUCGGGCUGGAACUUGCUGAUUGGCUGAUCAUGCGAGGCUGUCGAAAACUUGUGCUCAGCUCGAGCAGAGGCUUGUCGAAAGCAUACCAAACUUACAGAAUUGAAACAUGGAAGCGAUAUGGAGUUGAGAUAAAAAUUUGCACAGCUGAUAUAACUACCGAUCAGGGUUGUAAAGAUCUCAUCUUGGAAGCCAAAAAACUAGGGUCCGUAUCGAUGAUCUACAACCUUGCGGUGCGUCUUCGAGACUCAAUUCUGGAGAACCAAACAGAGGAAACUUUUGCCGACAGCUUAGGUCCAAAAGCUAAAGCUACGGAAUUUUUGGACAAGUGGAGUCGAGAGUUGUGUCCGGAGUUGAAGCAGUUCGUAGUUUUUUCCAGCGUGUCUUGUGGUCGAGGCAAUGCGGGCCAAAGCAACUACGGAAUGUCGAACUCGGUGAUGGAACGAAUUGUUGAACGUAGACAUGCGGAGGGUCUACCGGCCAAAGCAAUUCAGUGGGGCGCUGUUGGCGAUGUAGGAUUGGUAGCAGAUAUGGCCGAGGACAAGAUCGAUAUGGAAAUUGGAGGCACCUUGCAGCAACGUAUAACUUCGUGCCUUCGAGAGAUGGAUUAUCUGUUGACCAGCGAGUAUCCUUUGGUGGCCAGCAUGGUCGUUGCGGAGAAGCGUCUAGGAACUUCUAAAAAUGCUAUCGAGGCUGUUAUGAAUAUCAUGAACAUUAGGGAUCUGAAAUCAAUCUCGCUGGAAAGUACCUUGGCAGAUAUCGGUAUGGAUUCACUGAUGGCAGUAGAAAUCAAACAGGUGUUGGAGCGAGAUUUUGAUCUGGUUUUAUCACCCCAAGAACUGCGGGUUCUUUCGUUUGCAAAGUUGACAAAGCUCGACGAAGAAAAGAAAGCUAUGUCGAAUGACAACCAAGAUGAAAACACUAAAAUUGGUAUUCAGAUGUUGUUCAGGAAUCUUGGCAAUGAAGAAAACAGUGAAAAAACAAUUCUGCAUUUGGAAUCAGCCGGAGGAAAUGGAAAUCCAAUUCUGAUCAUCCCGGGCGCAGAAGGUGUAGCUGGAAAUGUUUGGAACGAAAUCGCAAAGGGAAUUCAUGCUCCGGUCGCUAUUUUACAGCUGAUGAGUACAAUCGCCUCCAAUACCGUGCCGGAGAUAGUGGACUGCGUUAUUGACGAACUGUAUUCAGAAUUCUUCGGCAAACACAAAACCUAUUCCAUUGUGGGAUAUUCGUUUGGGUCGAUCAUUGCUAUAGAAAUCGUAAAACGUCUCCAGGCCAAAGGAAUGCAAGGGCAACUUCUGCUUAUAGAUGGGUCACCCAAAUUCCUGAAGGAGCUUUCGGUGAAAUCGUUAAACGAGAAUCCAACAGACGAGGACAUUCAGAAGCGAUUAUUGGCAGUCGUUAUUUCGAUAGUUUUCCCCAACAUAACGAUGGAGAAGGUUGUUUCCAUUAUGAACGCGCCUUCCUUCGAAGGGCAAAUUGAGAAGAUCAUUGAACUUUCCCACGACCAAACCGGAUACUCGGCCAAUUAUGUUCGCCAAAUGACAACAGCUCUGUACAAAAGGGUGAAAAUCACAUUAACUAACACUUUAGAUGAAGAUCAACCUCUGGAUGUUCCGAUAACCUUGGUGCGUCCUACGGAAGUCAGCUAUGCGGAUGCCGACGAUGACUACGGGCUGUCGAGCUAUACGACGGGAGAGAUUGACAUUCGUACCAUCGAGGGUAGUCACGUAACGAUGCUGGAGAAUCCCAUUCUGGUGAAUUUGAUAAAUACCUUCAAUACUGAAGUAUUAUAAACGAACAAUAAAUUAUCUGUCAUUUCACAACUUUAUUUACACAUGUACAUACAGUUUCGGUUGAAAUGCCAAAUAAACGAUGUUUUUCAUAUGAGAAACAAAGUCGAUUUUUAUAA